AUGGAGGAAUCAUUGGAGAAACUGAUUUCUUAUAUGGAAAUGGAAGAUGAAGUGAUGAAUCAAAGUAGUAACUCAUUUGAUGAGCAAGAGUUUCUCAAAGAUAUCAUCCUUGAGGAACCAGAAUGUGAACCCUUUUCUUAUCUUUGUUCCAAUGAAAUCCAAAUCAACAGUUCCAUUUCUGCAGGAAAUAUUAACAUUGAAGGUGGUGUCACUAGUCCCUCAAAUAGUAUUUUGUCCUUUGAUUACGAUAUUGAAGCAUUCCACAAAAGUUAUAGUUCAAACUCUAUAAUUUCUUUGGAAAGAUCAUGUGUUGGUUCUCCAGCUACAUACCUAUUAUCUUUUGAUAAUUCUAGUGUUGAACCAAUUAUUGAACCAUUGUCAAAUAAAAGAAGGAGUGUGAAGAAAGAUGAGACAAAGUUGAAGGAAGCAACAAAGAGGGUUAGAAGGUCUUGUGAGACAGUGCAAGAUCACUUGAUGGCUGAGAGGAAAAGGAGAAGGGAGUUAACUGAGAAUAUUAUAACACUUUCAGCCAUGAUUCCUGGCUUGAAAAAGAUGGAUAAGUGCUAUGUACUUAGUGAAGCUGUGAGUUACACAAAACAGCUUCAAAAACGGAUUAAAGAAUUGGAGAAUAAUCAAAACAAAGAUAACAUAGUGAUUAAUCCAGCAAUAUUCAAGUGGAAAUCUCAAGCUUCAUCAAAUAAAAGGAAGUACUCAGAAUCACUGCUUGAGGUUGAAGCUAGAGUCAUGAAAAAGGAAGUACUCGUUAGAAUUCACUGUGAGAAGAGAAAGGACAUAGUGUUCAAAAUUCAUGAAUUGCUUGAAAAGUUCAAUCUCAAUAUAACCAGUAGUAGCGUAUUGCCAUUUGGUGCUUCAGUUUUUGUAAUUAACAUUUUUGCUCAGAUGGAUGAAGAAGACAGCAUAAGCAUGGAUGAGCUUGUGAAAAAUCUGAAAAAAUAUCUGUUGGAGGUAUGUGGGAUUCAAUAG